AUGCCAAAACACUACUGUGACUACUGUGAUGUUUAUCUCACCCACGACUCGGCCUCAGUGAGGAAGGCCCACAACAACGGCAGAAAUCAUCUUUCGAAUGUACGGGAUUAUUAUGCGUCUCUCGGGCACGACAAGGCGCAAAGUAUCAUUGACCAAAUUACUUCGGCAUAUGAAUCAGGAAAUGGCCCGCCGCCAGGUGGAUUUGGAUUUGGGCCCCAGCACCUGCAGCCGAACACGCCUGGCUUCUCUGGUCCUCCGGGCUUCGGACCACCGGGCGGUUUUGGUGGUCCCCCAGGUUUCCGUCCACCGUUCCCACCUGGCGCGUUUCCACCCCCAGGUAUGAUGCCUCCUGGUGCUCCGCCAUUUCCCCCAAAUGGCAUGAGACCGCCUUUCCCCCCUAAUGGUGGUACUCCUCCCUUUCCUCCUAAUGGCGCUGGACUUGCGCCAGGAGGUGCUCCCCCAUUUCCCCCAAACUUCGCAACUACAGGAGCGCCGCAACCAGGUUUUGUUGGACCACCCUCCGGCCAGAACCCGGCCUCCGCCCCGGCCGGUCCUCUGGGUCCAGGUGGUAUCCACCCGGAUAGGAUUCGGAUGAUGAACGGUGGCCAGUAG